AAGAAUCCAUUGUGUUACGACGUACUCACUCCGACAUGGUAUUGGUUUGUUUACGUAAACAAACUAUACGAGUAAAUACAGUUUCGUGCUGUCAGCCAAUACGUCCAGUUGUCCAACUGUCUAUUCCUGUCAUAGCGCCUACUACCCAUAUAUUACAAUGGUUUAUCUUGUUAAACUGAGAUAUACAAAUCAAUUUUUCGAUAUAAAGAUAUUGCAGUUUGCAAACGUACAAAUCGUACUGAUUUGUCAGUGAUUCAAGAAUCUGACAUUUUUACCUACUACAACAAUUGCCGAUCAGCUUUGUUAUUAAAAAAAGAUAACCAAUCAGUAGGCAUGAAUUGUUCAGACGGGUUACUUCCCUUGAAAAAGCGAAAAAUAAUGAAGAUCAAAUCAAUACCCGACGAUUGGGGAGCGACGUACAUGACAGCGCUCAAGUGCACUUAUUUGUGGGAAAUUCACAAUAUCAACGUUUCUUCCAAAAAGAACGGCGAAUCGCUGGAGUCACCACUGUUCCAUUUCAGAGACAAUGAGAACUAUAAGUGGCGCAUGAAACUGUAUCCUAAAGGUGUGGGCGGGCAGAAGGACGAUGAAGUCGUGGUCAUUCUUAAUUUGAAAAGUUUACCCAAGGACAGUCCCACGGAGAUCGAAGCGGAAUACGAAUUUUCCAUAAUCAACGAAUCAGGCGAAGAGAAGUACUGCUCCAAAUUUGUCGGUUGGUUCACCACGAAACUCGGCAACGGACGGUCAUUGAUAUCCCGUCGAGCGCUCCUCGAGAAUGCCGCCGAGCUUAUUCCAAACAACACGUUCACGCUGCUUUGCAAGGUGAAUGCCGGCACCGGUGGCUCUCUCUGCAUUUCGCGAGUGCCGAUAAGCAGUAAUACCGUCGCCUUACCGUCCAAGUGGCAUACAGAAACUCUGCAGUUAGUUUACAACAGCAAUAAGCACAGAGACGUUAUCUUCAUUGUCGAUGGCCACAAGUUCUCAGGCCACAAGGCGAUAUUGGCAGCGAGGAGCUCCGUCUUUGCCAGUAUCUUGGAUAGAAUAACCAGUUUUGGAAGUCCUUCUAUCGUGGAAGUAACAGAUAUUAAAAAAGAUACUUUUGACGAGAUCUUGCACUUCAUUUACACUGCCACUAUCAACGAGGCAAAUGUAACGAACGAUCUGCUGGCAGCUGCAGAACGAUUUGAUUUGGUAGAACUGAAGAACAGAUGUGAAAUCCUGCUAAGUGAUUCACUGAAGAUUGACAAUGUUAUCGCCAGCCUCGUGACGGCCGAUCGAUACAAAGCUACCUAUUUGAAGAACAAAUCAAUCGGAUAUAUCAUGUCAAAGAUUAAAGACGUGAUAGAAACUCCCGCGUACAAGGAACUUGCUAGUUCAAAUCCUGAGCUUAUUAUAGAAGCAUUUCAACAGGGUGCAUUGCAAAGAAAGUUUUAGCUUUCUUUCGAACCGUUAUUUUACUUAAAAGCUUGCUCUGCAUAUACAUACGCAUAGCACGUCAAAAUAUCGGAAAUUUACCUCCUUAUUUUCGUAUCGAGUAAUAUAAUAACGCGGGUAAAAGUAUAUGAUUCGACAAUUUCGUAUUGCACAAUUGCAUUAAUCCGAUUUCAGAUCGUUUAAUCACACUGGUUAUCUUCAAUAAAUUGUAUAAAUUAGAGAUUUUAUUUAAAAAUAAUUGGAAAAAUAAGAGGAAUUUUAAUUACAAUUUAUGCGCGCUAUUUUUUAAUAUUAAAUCUCUUUUAUACAAUCCUUCGUACGACUCACUUAAUUGAUCGAAUGACGCGUCUGUCGGUAAAAAUAACGCAAGUGAAACAAAUUGUUGUUUAAUUCAAACCCUCAAGAAGAGGCUUUGUUUUUGCUUUUACUUAUAGUUGAUGUUUUUUGAGUUGAACAUUUUUCGCUUCAGUUUUUUUAUUUUUAUCGUUGUAUGCUUCAAUCUUGUGUUUUUUGCAAGAUCUAAAAGCUUGUAUUUAAUUAUUUUUCAUUAUAAAUCACGGAGAAGAUGUAGACAUUUUUUUAUUAUGCCUGUCCGUGGUGAUAUGACUGUAUGUGAGUGCGUGUGUUUUGUCUGACUUUUCUACUCGCUGAAUAUCAUUAAUUUUCGUUCGCAUCUUUGGAAAUGUUAAGCGUUAGUUAUCGAAAAAUUGUUUUCAAGCAGAUUUAUGAAUUAAACAAAUUUUAUAGCUAAUUUUCAAAAAUUGUUAAAAUAAGGUACAUGCAUUGUUAAAAUGAGGUACAUAAAACAAGGUCAUAUACAACCACUAUGCGCGUGAUGUCAUAUAAUAUUUUAUAUUAAAAAUGAAUUUUUAAGCGUGUGACAGCUUGCAUUAAACGAGCUCGAAAUAUCGUAGUAAUCUCCUUUUUUGGAGUAUGGAAAUAAAGUAGAUCCUCUACAUAAAUAAUACAA